AUGUGGGUAACUUUCAUCUAUCUUUUAUAUUUUAUACCAUUUCUCAGUUCAGCGAAAUAUAAUCGGAUAUGUUAUUUUACUAAUUGGGGUGCUCAUCGGUCGAUGAAAGAUGCUCGCCUUUAUCCAGAAGACGUUCCACCCGAUCUCUGCACACAUAUCUUAUAUGCAUUUGCCAAUCUCAAUGGAAUAUCUUUACAGCCACAGUUAGCUAAUGACAUUAACGUUUAUCAAGGAGAGCAGCCGUUAUAUCCACGUAUUAUGAAAUUGAAGGAGAAGAAUCCCGAGUUGAAAAUUUUGAUCUCGUGUGGUGGAUGGGGAAAAGCGGGCGAAUUCGAUUCGUUAGUCGGAUCAGAAUCAGCACGAGAAGCGUUUAGUAAAAACGUGAUUGCAUUCUGUCGUCAACAUGGCUUUGAUGGAAUUGAUUUAGAUUGGGAAUUUCCAUCAGCUGAUCAUCGUGAACGUUUUGGAUUAUUAACGAAAACAAUGCGUAAAACAUUUGAGAAGGAGUCGAAAAAGUCGAAGAAAGAUCGAUUGUUGAUUAGUCUAGCAGUGGCCGCAGGAAAAUACUUAAUCACACAAGGUUAUGAUGUACCCGUUCUAUGCAAAAACGUUGAUAUGAUAAAUGUGAUGACGUAUGAUCUGUACGGGUCAUGGCAUAAUAAAAUCGGUCAUCAUAGUGCGUUAUUCCAUCGGCCUGGUGAAACUGGUAUGGAACGAGAAUUGAAUACAAAUAAUUCAAUGUAUAACUGGGUCGAAGCGGGUUGUGCACGUGAACGAUUGAAUAUCGGUAUUCCAGGUUACGGUCGUGCGUUUACCGCUGAUGGAAAGGAUCCAUUAAAAGCAUUUGGGCAAAGCGGCGGUGGAUCAGGUUCGGUUUCUUCACCUUAUCUAGGUGAAAGUGGUUUGUUGGCAUACUUCGAGAUAUGUAAAAAAGAGUUAAAAGAAGGUUUCAAACGCUACUGGCAUAAACAGCAUCAAAUUCCAAUUAGUUUCAAAGAUGGAACAUGGAUUGGCUACGAUGAUCCAGACAGUGUUCGAAACAAGUGUAAAUACGUUAAACGUGAAGGGUUUGGUGGCGCGAUGGUGUGGACAUUAGAUAUGGACGAUUUCAACGGGCAAUUUUGUCGGACAAUGCAAUCAAAGAAGAAUUGGAAAUUGAUGACAAAACAACGACAUUAUCGAUAG